UAAAGGAAAGAGCAACAGAUCGAUGCAAAAGACUUUGUCUUGUAGGGAACUAAUAUUUCUCACCAGAUCUCAACCGUGUCUAAACCAUAAUCUGCCACCUAAACCAGCAAACCAUGCAUGGAUUACACGCGUCUCCCUACGCUCUCUUCUUCCCCUCUACAUCUACCACUCCAACUCAACUCAAACCAAAAGCAGUUGCUAGAGAAACAAAAAUGGGAAAGGGAGUGAGCUUUUUGCUGUUGGCAAUUGUUCUUUGCCAUGGACUGACAAUGACAAUGGGGUACAAAGGAAAGAAAGAACGGGGGAAAGAAAGAGAAAGGAGGGAAGGGAAGCAGGAUGAAGGAGGAGGAGGAGAGGAAUGGUUCUUGUUGCCAGACUCAAAGCCCGUGAUGAAAACCGAUGCUGGAGAAAUGAGGGUGGUUAAAAGUCUUGGAGGGAGGAUUAUUGAGAAACCAUUGCACAUUGGGUUCAUUACCAUGGAGCCUAACACCCUCUUCAUACCUCAGUAUCUUGACUCCAGUUUGAUUCUCUUCGUCCGUGCUGGGGAAGCCAGGCUAGGUUGUAUCUACAAAGAUCAGAUGGUAGAGAGGCGACUGAAGAUUGGAGAUGUGUAUCAGAUUGCAGCUGGUUCAACAUUCUACAUUUUGAACCCAGGGGAGGGCCAGAGGCUUCACAUUAUUUGCAGCAUUGAUCCAUCUGAGAGUUUGAAUUUGGGUACUUUCCAGUCUUUCUUUAUUGGUGGAGGAACCUAUCCAACAUCUAUCCUUGCUGGCUUUGGCCCUGAAACUCUCUCAGCAGCCUUCAAUGUCUCGGUGUCGAAAGUGAGGGAAAUUUUGAGCAAGCAACAGGAGGGGCCAUUUGUAUAUGUGACUAAGUCUCAUGUACAAAGCAUUUGGACCAAAUUCUCUCAACUUCAGGAGCACGAUAGACUUAAGUACCUGAAGAGAAUGGUCCAAGGAGAACCUGAACAAAAGAAAGAGUGGUCAUGGUGGAAACUCUUUGACACGAUUUUUGGAAUUGAAGACAAUAAUAUGAAUGAUAAAGCCCCAGACUCUUACAACAUCUACAAGAGAAGCCAUGACUUCGAGAACAACUAUGGAUGGAGCAUUGCACUUGAUGGAACCGAAUAUAGCCCUCUCAAGGACUCUGGCAUUGGCAUUUAUCUUGUCAAUCUUACGGCGGGGUCAAUGUUGGCACCACAUGUGAAUCCAAGAGCAACUGAGUAUGGCAUUGUAUUAAGAGGAACUGGUAGAAUUCAGAUUGUGUCUCCAAAUGGAACCUUAGCCAUGGAUGCCAAGGUAAAAGAAGGCGAUGUGUUUUGGGUUCCAAGAUACUUUGCAUUCUGUCAAAUUGCAUCACGAACAGGCCCUUUGGAGUUCUUUGGAUUCACAACCUCAUCACGCAAGAACCGGCCUCAGUUCCUUGUAGGCGCAAACUCCUUUCUUCACAUUCUGAACAGCCCUGAGCUUGCGGCUGCAUUUGGUGUGAGCGACAAGAGGAUUAGACGUGUUAUAGAUGCUCAACAUAACGCUGUGAUCCUUCCUUCACCAACAGCAGCACCACCUGAUGAUGAUGAGCAGAAGAGGGUAGAGUCUGAGACAGUGCCAAAGGUGAUCAAGAACUUUGGCAGCGAACUGAUCCUGGGUUUCGAUUGAGGAGGAGUUUUGGGUUUAGUUGGUAAGAGAUGGGAAUGUAGGUUGCAGGCUAGGAAGCAUCUUGUUUUUUGGUGUUGGUUUUUGUUUUCUUGCUUUCUCUUCAGCGUUUGUAUGAGUUUUCUGUCAGUGAAUCAAAUCAUCACCACGUUUUUCUUUUUGCCCCUUGAAUAAUCAGUUUCUUUGUCUUUUUUGCACUCUGUCGACUGUCAUGCUAAUAAAGCUUUUUCUAGCUCACUUGCUUUCUUGUUGUCAUUCCUCGAAAAUGAAGAAAAUGAGGAAGCUAGACAACAAAAUUCACCAAAAAUUACAUCUCGCAAUCAAAUGAUGAAACAAAAUAAAGUGUCUCUUGGAUGCUAGCAUUAUUCUUGUUAUGCU